AUGCGGCUUUGCCCCAAUAAAUUCCAUGGAGACUCGCCUCUAAAGUUUGUUGUAAGGAUAUCUGGCGCGAAUCUGGAAGAGUUGAGCCUUGGUGACAUAAGACCACUCUCAUUAAUGGUUAAAGUAGAGAUCACUAUAAUUUGGCCAGACCGUCUUCUCUCUGAGUUUUCUGCGCCUCCAACAGCAUUGUCAGAAAUUGCCACUAACGAGGCGACCGCCACUAUCGUCACUGUGCCAGCAACCAGUCGAACGCGUUUAUUUCGCCUAUCUCUUGAGCACUAUCUACUCCAACCUGCGGGUCUGCUUGGUCAAAUCGCACAUCUUGACCCUAACCCACGCUUCGAGCUUCUAGCUGCAUUGUCCCACUCAGAAGAGACUUCCUUUAGUUACCAUCGGCUUCUAGUUCUCUCAUACUUGCUUUCUAUCCUUUUUUUAUUCUACCGUCUUGCUAACAAUCCUGACAAUCAGGCCAUUUCACCUGUAUCAUCUCAACGCUGCUUCAUUCGUUUUCGAACACCUGGUGCAGCACAGCAUUUUAUUGAGUUCCUCCAGUUCCAACAGCAGCAAAACCCACAAUCGCCUUAUACGACCGAGGCUUCGCUCUUAUAUGAAAAGCGGGUUCAUGAUUCCCAUACUGGCACCUCUCCGGCUCUUUCUUCUCAUCUCUCGUCAACAGGAACUAAAGGCUCCACCAUAUGCAGUCGCAUUAGUCCAUUUGCUCCAUCACCUCUUCUUGCAGCUCGUCAGCAAUCCCAGUUAGUGGGAGUGACAGCUCGCCUCUUGACAGAGGCUGAUGAAGCCUCAUACUGUAGAGUGAUUUCGGCCUCUCGAUGCAAUGCUCGUGAGCGCAGAAGAGCCAAUCAACAAGCUCGCAGGCACAGUCGUCGCCAGGCAAACGGCAUAAUUGAGUCCCGUGAAGAUGGAGGGAGAAAACUAGGGGAGUCGGGAAGUGUCCAAAUCAAGGUACCUGGAGUCAUAAAAGAAAUCACAAAAGUCUCUUCAAGGCCAUCUAAUAUGAAUGGACCAUGCGGAGCAUGUAAGGACGCGGUCAAGAUUUCUUUACCUCGUCCCAAGCGCCCAAGCCUAGGUGGAUUCAAUUAUGUUAGCCAACAUCCUAAACCGUUUGCAGAAAAGCCGAAACAUAUAGUAUUCCCAGACGAUUAG